AUGGCUACUUCUGCGAUGUUGUGGUGUGUUUACACUGAUACUACCGCGGUCGGCAACAGGAAACUUUAUGAAACUCCGUUUUUGAUCACCCCGAUGGAGACCGAGAUAUAUUCGAUUGACAGCAACGGCACGUUUGUAAUCUUUGGUGGCAACAGCCAGGUGCUCAACAUAGCACAUAACGAUCAAGUAUCUUAUUUUGAUGGUGCAUACAGCGAUUCAAUAGUUUAUACCAAGUUCUUUGACUUAUCCAAGUUAUACGUGGUUACAAUGGACGGCACGAUAGACAUCAUGGAAUUGGUGAGUAUGGGAAGCAACGGAGUGAUAACUGCUGAGAAUGCAUUGGUGUGUGAAAUGAAUACACAUGGUGGUCGUGAAGAGACCGUACAUGAUGGGGAUGCGUGCUCUGAAAAUGGCAAUUUCACUGGUGAAAACAGACAGGAGCACGGACAACGCCCAAAUAUAGUGUAUAGGCACGGAGAUCGGUAUCUUCUCAUCAAAAAGGCACAUCAAAACAUUCGCAAAGACAUCACUUCCGUGACACAUCACGGGAAUAUCCUGCUGUUGGGAUGUGAGGACGGCUGUAUUCAUGUUUUUUAUAAAAAUCUGCAGUGCCACACUAAUUUAGAAGGCCAUAAGACGGAGAUUAACGGUCUAUCCAUUCUCAACAACUACAUAUUUUCGUCUUCGGCAGGCAAUUUCAUCGUAUACAAGAAUAAUUUCGUAGUUUACAAUCACAAAACAGAUCUGUUAAAAGGUAUGCAUAUGAUAGAUGGAAGGGCGUACCUGGUGUACGAAGAGGGUAUAAGCGUAUUAAAAUACAAUGAGCAUGAGGAGUGCCGUGGUGUUAGAGCGUAUAAUGAGGAUGAUUACGACAAAUAUUUUGGUGGCAAUACGCCAUACUGCGGCUAUGUUUCAGAUUGCUUCACCAAUCUGUACAAUAUCAACGUCAAAGGAACGGAGUGCAUUGCAAAGAUCAACGAUGGCCUUGUCAUUGGUGGAGAGUUCCUUGUGAUAAUAAGCCAAGGCAAAGAGUACAGAACAGAAAUAAAAGAUGUAAAUUUAUUAAUGGUGAGGGACAGCACCGUGAUAUUUACAACAUUACACGAUCAAAUUGGGGUGGGUGAUUACCGAGGAGAGCAUUUUACGCUCUACGACACGGAUGUAGGCCUGGUAUAUGACAUGGCAAUUGAUGGUAAUGUGGUGUAUGUUGCAGGUGAAAGUGGCAUGGAUCAUAUUGAUGUUGAAAUAAAGAAAAUAUGAACCGGUGUGGCACUGCCAACAGCAAUUUAAGUGUUUAUGGCCGCACUUUUCCACAAAAAUGUUUUUUUUGGUAUCGGACGAGGAACACUCUCACCGUAUUGCUGUAUCAGUUUCAAAAAUAGGUGGUCUGUGACCGGUGUACACACCAGAGGUGCCACUGAAAAUGCACCAAUUUGAUUAAAU